AUGAUCAGAUUGAUUCCACACAACUAUGCUGCCGUGGUAGUCGGCGCUGGCCCGGCAGGCGUCGCAGUCCUCGGAAAUCUGCUCGAAUUAGGGCUAACCAGAAUUGCCUGGAUAGACCCUGUCUUCGACGGUGGACGCAUAAACAGUAAAUAUCGCGAGGUUCCCAGCAACACCAAAGUCUCUUUCUUCCGCUCAUACGCCACAGGCUUCCAGCCCUUCCGCAACAUUGCACAAGCCGCCAGUACGCCCAAUGCAUUCUCGGUCAUGAACAAACUAGAUCAAGACGAGACGUGCUCUCUGCACUAUGCGGCGGAGAUGAUCAAGGACCUUACAGCGGGGUUAUUAAAGAUGAAACAAGUUUCGGCGUAUCGGGGGGAAGUGAUGAGUGCUACUUACGAGGACAAUAAAUCAAGAUGGAAAGUUCGAAUCCACUCACCAGAUCCAUCCUCCGCCAACAUCGAAAUCUCAACUCCCCGCCUGAUCCUCUGCACAGGCUCAUCACCAAGAUCUCUCCCAUCACCAUCACCCUCAGUCACAGGGUCGUCCUCCACAAAGCUCGAAGAACUCAACCUUGACACAGUCCUCAAACCUAGCCUCCUCUGCACGGUAAUUCCCCGCGAUGAGCCAAUCACAGUAGCCGUCAUAGGCGGUUCCCACAGCGCAAUCCUAGCAAUCAUGAACCUAGUCGACCUCGCUCAAACCACGCACCCCAAAAUGCGCCUGAAAUGGUUUACCAGGAACCCACUCAAAUACGCCGAGUUUAUGGAAGGAGGGUGGAUUCUGUACGAUAAUACAGGCCUCAAGGGGAAAGCAGCGCAAUUCGCGCGUGAACAACUUGAGGAUUCGCAAUUACCGAAUUCGGUUGCGGGCAGGGUUAUUGAGAAAAUCGAUACGAGUGAUAGAGCUCGGGAGGAGGAGAUUUACCAGUCGAAGUUACCGGAGUGUACGCAUGUGGUGUAUGCCAUUGGGUAUGAGCGCAAUCCGUUACCUGAGCUUAGUCGGAAUGGUGUGCCGAUUGUCUCUCGUCAAGAAGACCUAAAAUGGGAUUCGGGAUUCGGUGGUUUUUUGGAUGCGCAGGGGAAUGUCGUUCCAGGAUUACAUGGAGCUGGAAUUGCGUUUCCGGAGUUAGUGGUUGAUCCUAGGGGGAAUGUUGAGCAGGCGGUGGGAUUCUUUAAGUUUAUGAACUUUUUGAAGAGAGUUGCGCCUACAUGGGUUUGA